GACGCGCUUUCCUUGUGCACCGAGGUCCGAGCAAACAGUCGUACACACAGCGAAGAGAACGGAAGGAAGGCCGUGGAAGCAAAGGCGCGCGCAGCGGCGCAUGGGAGCACACCACCAGGGAACAAAUACACCUUCAGGUGGCCUCCCUCCGAUCGCCGACUGAAUCUACCUCGCUUCGUGCCUCCAGUUCCACCCCGGGCCCGCCGAAUCUGAGCUCGGGAUCGCCUCUUCCCGCUGCAAUGGGGGCCGAUUCCGAGGACGCCGUCAAGCAGCUCAGCCUCCUUAUGGAGCAAGUGGAGGCCCCGCUGAAGAGAUCGUUUCAGAAUAUGCACCAGGGCUAUCUCAAAGAAACUCUGGUGCGUUUCCUUAAGGCUAGAGAGUGGAAUGUAUCAAAGGCUCAUAAAAUGAUUGUAGAUUCUUUGAAUUGGAGGAUUCAAAAUGAAAUUGAUAGUGUGCUGGAGAGACCUAUAGUCCCAGUAGAUUUGUACAGAUCAAUACGUGAUUCACAACUUAUUGGCCUGUCAGGAUACACAAAGGAGGGUCUCCCAGUUUUUGGCAUUGGUGUUGGACAUAGCACAUAUGACAAAGCUUCGGUCCACUACUAUGUGCAAUCACAUAUCCAGAUUAAUGAGUACCGUGAUCGUAUAAUUUUGCCUAGGCUGACACAACAGUUUAGGCGGCCUGUUACCCAGUGUAUAAAAGUUCUGGAUAUGACUGGUUUGAAGCUAUCAGCACUGAGCCAAAUAAAGAUCUUGACUUCCAUAUCAACAGUUGAUGAUCUGAAUUACCCUGAAAAGACAGAGACCUAUUAUGUAGUCAAUGUUCCGUACAUAUUUUCUGCUUGUUGGAAGGUUGUGAAGCCCUUGUUGCAGGAGAGGACAAAAAAGAAGGUUAAAGUUUUGACUGGCUGUGGGAGAGAUGAACUUCUGAAGAUUAUGGACUACUCAGCACUUCCCCAUUUCUGCCGCCACGAGGGCUCUGGAUCAUCAAAGCAUUCAUCUACUGACGUCGACAACUGCUUCUCCCCUGACCAUCCAUUCCACAAAGAACUUUAUGAUCAUAUCAAAGAGCAAGCCUCGCGCAGGGAGCUCAUCAAGAUGGGAUCAUUGCACGUCAGCAUUCCCGAGCCAGACCCAGAUGACGCGAAGAUCGUCGAGGUCAUCCAGGCUGAGUUCCAGAAGAUCGGCGAGCAGGAUGAGUCCCCGAACGGCCACAAGGACUAGCAUGCCCCCAAGGAUGGUCAUCUGGCGGAGCGCCUUAUCCUAUGCCGGCGGUGAUGACCGCUGAUGAAGUUGAUCACUGCUGCUCGUUUCUGUAUUUUGGUUGACAGUCCCCGGUUACCUGGGGAAUAUAGUGGCAAAGUCUUGCAUUUGCAUGACGCAGGAUUGAAUUUAUAGUUGCAGAGGCUGAGAGAUAAACCAGUCAGUGUAUGUAUAUUAGAUGCACAUGAUACAUGAAGCCAUAAUCACCUUUUUGUUAGUAUAUAACCAACACAUAUAUUUAGCUGUUUUAAAGGAGGAAAUUCAUGGAAGCGUCUUUGGCAAA